CUGGCACGACAGGCCUCCUUCGACAGCCAGGACUUCCUCCAGGUCAAUGUUGAGGACACUGUCGAGAUGCUGCCCAAGUCGCGGCGCGCGCUGACCAUCCAGGAGAUCGCUGCCCUGGCCCGCUCCUCACUGCACGGGAUCUCACAGGUGGUGAAGGAGCACGUGACGAAGCCGACAGCCAUGGCGCAGGGCCGCGUUGCCCACCUCAUUGAGUGGAAGGGCUGGGGGAAGCCACCAGUGGAGCCACCCACUGCCCUGGAGAGCGCCUUCAACUCCUAUUGCCACCUGAGCGAGGGCGAGCAAGAGGCGCGCUUCGCUGCUGGUGUGGCAGAGCAGUUUGCCAUUGCUGAGGCCAAGCUGAGAGCCUGGUCCUCGGUGGACGGGGAUGACUCCAAUGAUGAGUCCUACGACGAGGACUUUGUGCCCUCCACAGAGAGCUCCCAGCCCACUGAUCUGCCCAGCACGGUGCCUGCCAGCGCGCUGCUGCGAGACCUGCUGCAGGGCCACCUGUGCCAGCUGGGCGUGCGACACAGCUCCUGUGAGCCUGAGAGUGACUCUUCACACACCCUCUCCCCUGAGACCCUCUGCUCCAGCCUCUGCAGCCUGGAGAUGGUGUCCCCCUCUGAACUCACUGCCAAACUGCUGGGAUCCCUGGGGAGCGAGGACCUGCUGCUGCCCAAGCCGCCCCCCCCGGCCAGCCAAAGUGCCUUGCGGGGUCUGGCACGGCUCCGGUGCCAGGACUCCCUCUACUCUGUGUCCUACACCCAAGCCUGCCUCUCACCCGCCCACUAUGGCCCCAUCACUGGACCUGUUUGA